ACACGUGAGUAAAGGAGUCUCAAUUUUCAGACUUAGGCCAUGGCCGGAGUAACGGCACGAUUUCCGGCCAAGUCCCGGAUUCUAGUAGGCGGUGAUCGGGAGGUUAAAUUUCCCAGCGAGAAGGUGAGUCUUCAUGAUAUGUUCUUUGGGUUUCUGGAGGAAGGAGAAGAGUCGUCGGAGUCUUCCUGUAGUACAGAUUCCGGCGGUAGAUACAGUGAUGAUGCCGGCGACGAAGAAGAACAAGAUGAGAAUGCCAACAGCGCUGAAGAGAGCAAAGCUUUCUGGGAAACCCAACACCAGCUUCUCAAUGCAACCUUGUCAAGAACGAGUUCUGUGGAAUCAAGGAUCCGCCAGGCCGUUAAAGAUGCUUCGAGAGAAUCCCAGAUGGCAGGAAACGUUUGUGUCUGCCGGAAUCCCAUUCCCGGAGGUUGCCGGAGUUGCUUGCGAAGGGACAUCUCCGAACGUCUUCGGAAUGCCGGUUUCAAUUGCGCCAUUUGCAAAUCCAAGUGGAGAAGUUCACCGGAAAUCCCAUCUGGAGAACACACCUAUCUAGAUGUGGUGGAACAAUCAUCCAAGAAAGGACAGAUAAGGGUAGUGAUCGAGUUGAAUUUCCGGGCAGAGUUUGAGAUGGCGAGAGCUAGCGAUGAAUACAAUCGGCUAAUCAAUCGGCUUCCGGAAGUUCUAGUCGGAAAAGGGGAGAGACUACGAAGCCUUGUGAAGAUACUCUGUUCUGCAGCUAAGAAAUGUAUGAAGGAGAACAAGAUGCAUAUGGGUCCAUGGAGAAAACACAAGUAUAUGCAGGCCAAGUGGUUUGGGACCUGUGAGCGGAUAGCACCGGCGCCGCUCUUCUCCACAACAUUCUCUGAUCGCCCACCUAAGCCUCCUAAGGCUUCAAUGUUAACAUUUGAUUUGCUUGAGAAUCUUCCCACCUUGCAACCUAAGGCUGUUGCGGUGGUCUGAUCUGAGCCAGUCACAGUGCUUCCAGUUUUGUUCUUCACACCUCUUUUCUGUAUUUUUUCCUUCUGCUUUGGGUGUUUUGUUUUGGGUUAGGUGUUUGAGACUUGUUUGUGGUCCACUGUUCCUAAGACCUGUACAUUAUCCACCAUUCACCUUUGUAUAUUUGAGAGAGUAGAAAUAAAAAUACAUUGAAUUAUGGAUUAUGCAAACAGAGCAUAAAAGAAA